CAAUAACAAUACCGCAGUUGCAUAUCCGGUCCGGUAUAUAAACCAAUGGUCCACAGAGGACGAGCAUCAGUUGAAAAUUCUCAGCCGAACAAUCAUCAUGAAGUCCUUUGUUGCCGCCCUUGGCCUUGCCGCCCUUGCCGCCCUUGCCGCUGCUGAUAACGCCCCCCGUUAUGAGCCCAGAUAUCAACCUAGCUACCAACCUAGCUACAAACAACCUUCUUACCCAGAGGAGCCCGCCUCCUACCAAUACAAUUAUGAGGUCAAGGAUGAAUAUGCCGGUUUGAACUUCGAUGCCAAUGAGGCUCGUGAGGGAUACAACACCAACGGUGGAUACAACGUGCUCCUCCCCGACGGCCGCACACAGAAGGUCACCUACACUGUUGAUGGGUAUGACGGGUAUGUGGCUGAUGUCCAAUACGAGGGAGAGCCCAAGUACGAGUCCUACAAACCCAAGUAUGAGCCCAAAUAUGAGCCCAAGUAUGAGCCAUACCAACCCAAGUACGAACCCAAGUACACCCCCACCUACCCCCCUCCUUCUUACAACUAAGACGCUGGACUGAGUCGAAUAUCUAUUUCGUUAUUUAUUACCGAGAAAUAAAGAUAAAUUCCCCUU